GAGGUGAAUCCCGGCGGCCGCUGUCGGUGGAUGCGUUUUCGGUAGCCGGGAGGAGGGGGACGGGCGCUGUUUCCUCUUCCUUUCCCAUGGCGGGCGGUUGAGGUUUCUUGUCCCCACCCCGGUCGGCGCUUCGGGGCGGCGCAGGCCUCGGCCCGCUGCUUUCUUCCCUCCGCCGUCCCUGGCGCCAUGGCAGACGAGCCCCACGAGAAGUUCUUGGCUCCCGACGAGCCCGGCGCCCUCCUCUCCGCGCCGUCCCGCGCUCCGGGCAGCCUGAGCUUGGGUGACGAAGGCCCCGCUUGCCUGGACGUCAGCGACUUCGGAUGCCACCUCUCGUCCUGCCACCGCACUGACCCCCUGCGCCGCCUCCACGCCCACAGGUGGAACUUGACUUCUUGUGGAACAAGCGUAGCCAGCUCAGAGUGCAGUGAGGAAUUGUUUUCUUCUGUGUCUGUUGGUGACCAGGAUGACUGUUACUCUCUAUUGGAUGAUCAAGAGUUGACAUCAUUUGAUUUGUUCCCCGAGGGUAGUGUCUGCAGUGAUGUCUCUUCUUCUAUUAGCACAUAUUGGGACUGGUCAGACAGUGAAUUUGAAUGGCAGUUGCCUGGCAGUGACAUUGCAAGUGGAAGUGAUGUGCUCUCUGACAUCAUACCUAGCAUCCCAAGCUCUCCUUGCCUGCUUCCAAAAAAGAAAAACAAGCACAGGAAUCUUGAUGAGCUGCCAUGGAGUGCAAUGACUAAUGAUGAACAGGUUGAAUAUAUUGAAUAUCUAAGUCGCAAAGUUAGCACUGAGAUGGGGCUUCGAGAGCAACUGGAUAUUAUUAAAAUUAUUGACCCCACUGCUCAGAUUUCACCUACAGAUAAUGAGUUCAUAAUAGAAUUAAAUUGCCUCACUGAUGAAAAGCUAAAACAGGUCAGAAACUAUAUCAAGGAACACGGGCCUCGGCAGCGGUCUGCCAGAGAAAACUGGAAGCGAAGUGGCUUCAGCUGUGGCAGUGCCAGUGGUGUGAGCGGGGCCAGUGCCAGCAGCAGCAGUGCCAGCAUGGUCAGCUCAGCAAGCAGUAGCAGCUCCAGUGUUGGCAACUCUGGCUCCAACUCCAGCGCCAACAUGAGUCGGGCACACAGCGAUAGCAACUUAUCCACAAGUGCUGCGGAGCGAAUUCGGGACUCAAAAAAACGUUCUAAACAACGCAAGCUGCAGCAAAAGGCUUUGCGGAAGAGGCAACUGAAGGAGCAGAGGCAGGCUCGGAAGGAGAGGCUGAGUGGCUUGUUUCUUAACGAAGAGGUGCUUUCUCUAAAAGUGACGGAGGAGGACCAUGAAGGAGAUGUGGAUGUCUUGAUGUGACAGGGAUAAACUUGUCAGUGUUCUUUCUAAGCCUUAACCAUAUCUUAUUGUUUACAUGCAUACACUUCUACCAAAACUGUGGUUAGAUGUGGGGCUCACUAUCCUGAAUUGUAUGGCGCUCACCCAUAUAUCUUAGAAAUAUUAAUUUUGCAAGUGAUAAGAGAUCACAAAGGUAUCCUUUAAAAAAUAGGGUAGCAUGUUUAACUUCCCGAUACCUUUGCAUGCAAUUACAUUUCUUCCUUAAUUCUUCUCAAAGCAACUAGAGUGGGAGAAGUAUUUUUCAUCAGCGACAAUCUAUUUUCGAUUAUUUGAUACUUGGUGAAAUAGAUAAUGCCUAGAAUUAUUCUCCUUGUCCUGCUGCUGUAGUUAUAUCAAAUCAAUUCUGUGUGACGUAAUUUAGAUUUCCCCAAACUGUCAUUGUAACUUCAUUCCGUUCAAGGCUAUCCUGUUUGAGUGGCCAACCCUCUGAAGCAUAGGUGUCAAAUUCUGGCCCUCCGGGUGUUUGUGGACUAUGGUUCCCAUCAGCCCAUGCCAGCAGGGCCAAUUGGCUAUGCUAGCAGGGGCUGCUGGGAAUUGUAGUCCAUGAACUUCUGGAGGGCCUGAGUUUGACACCUAUGCUCUGAGGCGGUGAAACUGGGGCAAGGGCUGUUAUCAAGUGUCUGGUAAGCCAUAAUGCAUGGCCAACAGUAGGCUGCUUUCAACUUGAUGGAUCACAAAUGAUGCAGGCCUGUGAUGUGGACUUGAUUCAGUGGGAUGCUGGCUGAGGCAAACUCCCACAGCGUCUCGUUUGAAUUGGUGUGCAACUUGUGCAAAGAAGCUGUGCUGCGCAUAUUGCUGUUUUGCAUCCAUAGCCGCCCAAUUCAAGGGAGAUGUGAGAAUGCCAUUUCCCCGUGUCAGUUUUUUUCCCUUUGUCUGGAGUCAGGUUUAAAUCAAGCUUUAUAAAGCAACGGGACAGUCUGCACGAAGUAUUUUUUUCCCCCUGACCACUCAUAUGCCCAUGUCUCUUUACAUGUUCCAAACCUGUAGCAUCAUGUGCCUUAAAUUAGAGACCUCCUGUUUAAAGUGUUAGGAGUGUGGGAGAAAAUUGCAAAGCUGAAAUAAAUUUCAUGUUCUGGCAUACUUCCAUUAGAGUUCACCCUCUGAGCCCAUCCAGCUUUUACGAAGGUAAAUUUUAGCCACCAUCAUUUGGUUAAAUCUGAAUUUCACAGUGAAAAGUGAUAUCUUGACCCUGUGUGUGAGUGCUUUGUGGAUUUAAAAAAGCACACUUUUCUGCUAAGUUUAAUGGCUGCAUUGGUCGACUUAGGUAAUAGGGAUUGAGUUUCUAGCAAUACCACGUAACACUGUAAUGUGUAAACCACUGAAGCAGAUUUAUUUGAAAUAACGCAUUUUCAGUGGAGCUACCUCUAUGUUGCUUAGCUUCCUUAAUCUGUCUUUUAGGCGUGCAUGGUACAUUGAGAAACAUAAAUUAAUUAGACAGUGAAUUUUUAUGUUUAUCUUUUUGAACAUUCUUACCUUUCUUUGCAUUUAAAAUCAGAGUUCAGUUCUUGGGGUAACUUGAGCUUUGACUGGAGUCUUUUCCACUCAGGCAGACACGCCCUGCUAAUGACAGGAGAUGUUGGAUGGAUGCAAAGCAAGAAAUCAGGACUCUGCCUUUUGGAUCCAAUCCAUUUGUUUUGAAGUAUUUCAUUGGUUACAGACAGAGUACUUUGGAGGAAGUGAGAUGCAUCUUUGCAAGCUAAAACUCAGUGUUAAAAUAGGCCAGUGAGCAUCCGAUUUAGGAGAGGCAACCCUAUCUUACAAUUGAACUUGUCACAGCACUUGGCAAUUGCUGUGUGUGUGUGUUUCUUCCUGAGUAGCCUUCGCUCUGAGCACAUUGUAUGUUUUUUAAAGCUGGGUUGUCUGAAUUGAGCAUCCUGAUACCUUGAGCCUAGUUAGUUCUACCAGUUCUAAAAUGAAACAAGCUGCUUUUGGGUGAACAGUUCUCUUAAUGGCAAUAUAUAGUUUUUAAACUCUAUAGUGGAUACUUUUUUAUGCAUAGGAAACCAUGUUAGCCAGUAGAGAGGACCUGCUUGGUAGCUCUCCGUUUGUGUCAUGUUUACCUUGAGCUCUGUACAAGCUACAUAAAUAUUUAAUUUAAACAAUAUAAGGAAACAGUUUGUUUGCAUCCUUGGGAAUGACUUUUCUGACAAGGCUUAGAAGGAGCACUGAAAACCUGCUUGGAAAGAGCCACUGUUCUCUUUAGUCUAAUUACAUAGGAAGAGAUCACAUGACUUGCUUGUUCAUACUUGCAUGUGUGUGUCUGCGUCCAGUUUCCUUUUUGGCUAGAAAUCUUUUGAAACUGAAGUAGAAAAUGUUUUUGUAAAACAGAGUAAAGGCUACAUUCUGGGUAUGUACAGAAUGCUUGCUUAAUAAGUUGGUAGUCCCAACAUUGGAUCUCUUGGUUCACAAUAAAUAUUUUUAUUUUUCUACAUGUCGGUCAAGGAAAAUGUGAAAGGCUUCUCUGGCCAGACACUGCAUAAAAAAUCUGUGUAUAUAUGAGUUUUAAGCCCUUUUAAGGGUGAUGUACAAUACCUGUAGAAACACUUAUAGUAUGUUAGCCAAAUUCCUUAUUAGUGCUGACCUAAAUGACAUUACUGAUCAUACUCUUUUCCCCACCCCCCAUCCAGUUGAUUCAGCAAUAGUUGGUGCAUCAGCCUUUCAAGUAUUCACAUGUUCUGAUUUCUUGAUAAUGAUCCCAAAACUUUCAUGUCCCAUCUUUUAUGGGAUCAGUACUUCUAUACUACUUUGGAUGAUAAUUUGGCAAAUGGGGCAGAAUGUAUGCUAUAGAGGGCCACUAGCAUAACUUCAGGUAAAGUGAAAUCAUGUAAGUUUAUUGCAGUGCAGUAGGAGACUUGAGAUAUGCCGAUGGCUUUUAAAACAUGUUUUGUAAUAUGCUUAAUAGUUGAUUAAUAAUGGCCAGUGAUACGGUAUCCUGAGUAAACACGCUUCAUUACCAAAACAAGAAGGAUGUUGCCUAGCUUUGGAGAAUGCGCUUGAGGGUCUUAAAAUAUAUUUAAAUCUGGACUAUUUCCCAGGAUUUCUGUGAAGAUGUAAUUUUGUGCUGAAAUGCACUUGUGAAUAUAUAUGUAUAUAUACACACAAAAACCUCCCUGUUCAUUGUACAUUCUGUAUCUACUUGCUACAAUGUUUAUAGAAAAUCUUUUCUGUUUCUUGAUCGUUGUGAAGGAUUUAACAGAGGUAUAAAAAACACUGGGGACUGUCUUAUAUGUUUCCCUUAGACUCUUAACUGUAUUUUAAAAUAAUUACAUGAAUAUGGUAAUUUGGGACAGUAUUAAAAAAGAGACAUGCUGAUGAAA